AUGACCUCUUCCUCUCCCUCUCCCUCUCCCUACGACCCCUCCGCCACGGACGCCAACCUCGUCUGCGUCACCUGCGGCACCCAGUUCCCGACCGCGGACCGCGCCCUCGUCCCGACGUGCCCCAUCUGCGACGACCCGCGGCAGUUCGUGCCCCCCGCGGGCCAGUCCUUCACCACGAUGCGCGACCUCCGCGCCACGCACGCCAACGAGCUCGUCCCCCUGGCCUCCUCGGGCGGCGGCGAGAUCACCUUCGUCGUCACGGCGCCCAAGUUCGCCAUCGGCCAGCGCGCCGUCCUCGUGCGCACGCCCGCCGGCGGCAACGUCCUCUGGGACUGCGUCACGCUCGUCGACGGCCGCACCGUCGACGCGAUCAACGCGCUGGGCGGGCUCGCCGCCAUCGCCGUCUCGCACCCGCACUUCUACUCCUCGCACGCCGAGUGGUCUCGCGCCUUCGGCGGCUGCCCCGUCUACCUCGCGGCCGAGGACUACCGCCGCUGGGCGCAGGCGCCGGCUCCCACCGGCCGCACCGUCUUGCUCGCACCGGGCGAGACGGAGCGCGAGGUCGAGGGCACGGGCUGCCGGCUCGUCAAGCUCGGCGGCCACUUCCCGGGGAGCAUGGUGCUCCUGACCCCCUCGGGCCGGCUGCUCGUCGCCGACACGCUGCUGACCACGCCCGCCGGCACGGGGGGCUGGGCCGCGGACGCGCUGGGCCGGCCGCGCGGGCGGCCCGCGGGCAUGAACACCUUCGCCUUCAUGUGGAGCAUCCCCAACUCGAUCCCGCUGUCCGGCGACGAGGUCUUCCGGAUGUGGUCCGUCCUCAAGGCGUACGACUUCAGGGCGACGCACGGCGGGUUCAUGGGCCAGGACAUCGAGGACGAGAGGAUCAAGGAGAGGGUGCUGGAGAGCAUGCAGAUACAAACGCGGGCCAUUGCUUGGGCGGGGCAUGCGCAGUGGAAAGACGUGUAG